AUGCAAAAGAAUACAAGACAAGAAACAUAUAAAAUCGUUAAGACUCGCCCCCCUAAAAGGCAAGGCGAACUUAACUUUAGCAUCAAUUCAGGUGUUUUUACCUGCUCUGAAUGCGAAAAAGAGUUCGAAAAGCCUUGGUUACUGAAAAGGCAUUCGAAGGUUCACCAUAUAAGUAAUCAAAUGGCAACCAAUACUGUACUCGACGAACCCGAGCAGGCCGAAUUGAUAGUCGAGAACACUAUUCCGGAUGCUAAUGCAUUUGAUUACUCGAGUGACGAAGAUGACUCCUCCAGUAUCGGGGAUGAAGAAGACAACAUUGUAGACGAGGAAAACGAUAUUGUCGAUAAUUUCUUUGAUAUUGAAAUGAACAGUAAUCCAGUUUUCAACGCGUUCUCUGACAUGUUUUCUUCUGCUGCUGCUGCUGAUGAGGUAUCAAUGACCGAUGAUGACUCUGAGAUCCCGGAAGAAGUCUUUGAGACAAUUGGCGCUGUAAAUGACCCUACAAGCUGUUAUCCUUUUCGCGAUCUUCAAACCAUGAUCCUUUUCGCUUUUAUCGAUGGGGAUAAUGACAUGAUCUCCCAGCGAAUGUUGAAGAAGAUACUGCUUGCGAUGAACUUGAUCAUUAAGAUCCAGCAAGAAACUCCCAUAGGAUGA